AGCUGCAAGAUUGGCUUUUGUCCUAAACCAUUUGUAGCUAUGGACUUACCAGAUGAGAGCCAGUGGGAUGAAACCACCUGCAAGUUGGCCAUUUGUCAGCAUCCACAAUGCUGGGCCACGAUCCGCCGUAUUGAGAGGGGCCACCCUCGAAUCCUGGGCUCCCCCUAUAAAACAACUCCAGAUGAUGAAGACAAACUCCCCGUGCUCACCAUUAUAAACAUAGCAGAUUCCUGCAUCCAAGCCAAGAGACAUGCUCAUCAUCAUUUAUCAGGAUUUACCUUCACCAAACCCCCCUCUUUACUGUGUCCAGGUUCAAAGCUUGACUCCAAAUUCCAAGGCAGGCCUCGGGAAGAUUUACCUGACAAAGAUUUAAUCAACCAUCCUGAUAGAUCUCCUAAACUUUCAGUGCUGAAUUUGAAUGAGACCCACCUUCCCAGCCCUCAAGAUGUUAGAAAUAUGGUUGUAAUCUGGAUCCCAGAACAACCAGAGAGGCAUAAAGACAAUUUUCACUGUGGAAAGCGGAAAACAGAAACACAGCUGGGAUCUCCAGGGAUGAUUGUGCCUCCCCCCUCACCAGUACACUUUUUUGAGCAACUAAACGCAGAGUCCAUACCUUUCUGGAACCAAUUUGACAUGUUACCUAAGGAUCUACUGAAGGACCUCUUACCUGAUGAAGGGAAAACCAUGCCUUCCCUGGAGAUGAAGACACAAUUGGCCAUGAUGAAGAAGAAAGCUCCCCUGGAAAAGAGCCGACCCGACAGUGCCAUUUCUGCUAAGAUGUUCUUAUCCAUACACCGUCUCACCCUGCAGAGACCAGCAUUGAGAUAUCCUAGACAUCUGAAGAAAUUAUAUUACACCCCGAACAUAGAAGGGCCCAGCAAGCAGCCCCCGGGGAAGGUGGGCAACGCCAGGGAGAAGAGGAUUGAGCCUGUGCUCUGGUCACCAGGUCACAAGAAGCAGCAGCAGAGGAAGGUGAAAACCCCACCGAAGAGACAGGAGGCUAAAAAGAAAUCCAAGAGUGAUCCAGGGAGCCAGGACAUUUUGCAUAAAUGUUCGGGUGCCGUGGGUUCCACAAGGAGGCCACAGAUGGAAUACUCUGAGAAUUAUCUGGAGUCCUUCCCUGAUAAGGAUGAUCCUGAGUUAUCCAAGAUAGAACCCUCUAACAAGGACAUCAGCGCUCAGGAAGAGGUUGUGCCGGAAUCCCGAGAGAGGAGCUCAGAGGACCUCUUAGACGAUACAUCUAGAAGAGGGUGGAACCCUGAGCUCAAACUCCUGAGGAUUCUUCAGGCCACUGAUGAUGAGGAUGAGGAGAACCAGCUCUGUGGGUCACAGAGUGAAGAGUCGUAUGGGAUUUCACAGGACAGUCUUACUCCAGAGCAGGAUGCUUGGAAUGCCAAGGACAGUGACCUUGGACAUAAGGACAGAACGGAGAGGGGACUUCUGCUCCCGGGAGCCUUUACCAGGGCCUGA